AGCCGACGUGUACUGUGUAGUUUCCCUUAGCCGGCUGCUGAUAACGGUAACAUCCAGCUGCUUUAGUCUCCGUUUGUUUUCUGACACGUUACACAUACGACUGGACAGUGUUCACUUUAGUGGGUCGAGAUGAGGCGCGCCGGACUGGGUGAAGGACAUUCUGGGAAUUAUGUGGCCAGUGGGUACAGUGUGCAUGAAGAGGAGAAUGAACAUCUACAGGAGGGACUCCGAGCUAAAGUCAGCGCUUUGAAAAGCCUGACAAUUGAUAUCGGGACGGAGGUCAAAUACCAGAACAAAAUGCUGGACGACAUGGAUUCAGAUUUUGACUCAACAGGUGGACUGCUCGGCGCCACCAUCGGCAGAGUCAAGCAGCUGUCCAGAGGCAGUCAGACCAAACUCUUGUGCUACAUGCUGCUCUUCUGCUUUUUUGUCUUCUUUAUCCUGUACUGGUUCAUCAAGCUGAGGUGAUAAGAGGACUCUGUUGGACUUGGCCCAUUAGCUCCACAUCUUUCCAGUCUGUGCCACGCUGAUAUGUCUCUAAGCUAAAUCAACAGAACAGUGAUGAUGAUAAAAGGCAGGGUUCUUUUUUUUUUUUGGUUUAUAAUAUCUCAGCUUUUUAUGUGCCCUGAUGUCUGAGCAUUUCAUACAGUGACCACAGUUUGAGUUGUGAAAUCACUCCUAUGCGAUUUGAUGGAGUCUCAGAAAUCUAGACUGGGUUAGAAAAGUGGAUAAGGAGAUGAUUAAUGAUCCCGGGAAGUGUUGCGAAGUAAACUGUACGUACACCAAAAGCAGGCAAUGCCAGAUUAUCUUUGUACUUUUGUAUGUACUUGAUAACUGGCCAGUUUGUAACAAUAUAAGCAUCUAACACUUCCAGAAAAAACUGUGUCAAAAACUUUGAUUCAGCAACAAAUGUGUGGAAUAGUUGAUCAUAUGGCACGAGGUGUCUUAAAGGUGAUUAAGCUAUAGAGCGACAACUUAAACAGUUCAGUGUGUUUGCUUUCAAGAAUGAAUGGAUCUGUUGCAUCAUUUGACAACCAUACACACAAUGGUAAUGCACCUCAUUGUUUAGAUUUUGUUGUAAAAAUGUUGGAAAUGUAAAUAAACAUAUUUUAUGCUUUGAA